AAAACCAUUGGAGCAAUAAUAAACCCAGAAAUAAACACGAAGAAACACAAACUACAACUCAAACAUCUGUUGAUCAGGACAGAAAUAGAAUCAGAGUUAUCCAUAAGCCUUUAUAAUUACUAAAAAUAGACCAGAAAUUGAAUCUGGACCUGAAAGUAUAGAAACAUUUACAUAGAAACGUAGGAAAUAUUGGCCACAAAAAUCAAACUGCUUUUUGUGGUUUAUUGAUGAAUGUAAGAAUGAAUUUUUUUUUAUAAUUAUCAAAAAUAUUUCUGCUUUUUAAUUUAUUUUUUUUAGUGUUUCUUGCCUGUAAUUUUAACUAUUUUGGCCCAAGUGUGUGAAACGGCUGGGUGGACCUAGCCCCGCCUUCGAGAUGGAGCUCCUCCCCCACUCAGCUCCUUCAGACUAGCCAGCAGCAAUUAGCAAACAGCUGGAGGAGCUGCUGAGGUCAUUUUAGGAGCUACUGCAGUGAAACGCUGCUAAAAGCUUUAAAGGGUUAAUAGAGGAGCCAUGUUGGGAUGACUUCCUGAAGGCGGAGCUUCAGACAGAGCAGGAGUUUUUAAAGAGACAGAGGCAUCAAAUUACAAAGCCAAAUUUCUUUUAAGUAAUAUUUUACAUAUAUAGGAUAUUUAUAAGAACUGAAGGAAACAGUUUGCUACAAAAUGUCACUCUGUGCCUGGAAAACACAUAAAAAACAUAAUUUCUAGAACAGCUCUAAUAAUUAUAGCAAAUAAAAGCAUUAAACUCAUUUUGUAGAGUUAAAUUAAAAAUGUUGUUUUUUGAUUUUUUAAUGUACGAAAACCUUAAAAUGACCCAGAAUGUGUAGAAAUACAGAGUGAUGGUGAAUGAAAGUGAAUCUCUGAUUAUCUGGAGGGAUGUGGCGGUUCAGCCUCCGGGCCAGACGCUCCUUUAUUCCUGCUCAUCCAUGCAUGCUGACGCUGCUCUGCCCGCGCGGCCAUCAGCGUGGAAGCCGCCGCGCCGCCGCGCCGUGGUCCCGGCAGGAACCCACUCGGGCCUCAGAACCCCCAGCAUCCUCUCUGAUCCGUCACUAAUCAAUACCAGCAGCUCGGAGAGCCUGACCCAGUUUUCCUCCGGCUCCAGGUCCCGCUGCUCCUCGGUGAUCAUGUCUUCUUCCUCCUCCUCCUCUUCCUCGCCGCUGCCCUACUUCUGCCCCCGCUGCGGCGACCGGAACCGCUUCCCGUCUGUGGUUGAGCUCCGGGCUCACCUGGUCAGCAGACACACCUACGAGACCCUGCUGGUGCUGUCGCAGGCCCGGGGUUCUGGACCGGCUCUCCUGCCUCUUCCUGGACCAGCAGCGACCCAAAGCGAAGCGUCUCCUCUGAACAUGGAGGCUCAGGGUUUCCCUCUGCCGCUGGCCUGCCUGGACCUCGCCUCCUCCUCGGCCUCCGUCCAGCUGCUCCGGGGAAUCUUCGGCCCACCGGACCGGGUCCGGCCCGGGCAGGAGCCCUGCACCGCUCUGGCCCGGCCCGGCUCUCUGGUUCCGGGGGCUUCGGGCGUCCUGGACUUCAGGCUGACGGUGGACAUCGGCCUGGAGGAGCGGCUGGGUUUGGGACUGGACCGGAAAAUCGCCCGGACGUUUGCAGAGGUGGAGGAGAAGGUGAACCGGCGCGUCGGGCGGCUGAGGGCGGAGCUACAGAGGAAGAAGGCGGAGCUUGAGAGGAAGAGGAGAGAGAGGGAGAGACUGUGGAGGGAGAAGAAGGAGGUGGAGGAGAAGGCGGCGUACCUGUCCAGACAGGUGUCGGUCGCCAUGGAGAUGAUGGAGCGUCUGAAGACGAACCUGGCAGAGAAAGAGAGAGAGCUGAGUGAGCGACACCAGGAGAUGGCGGACAUCGAGCUUUUUCUGAGACGGACGGCAGAAAAAGAAGCUGAGGCCAAAUCCAGACUGCAGGUUUUCAUCGAGGCGCUGCUGGAGCGAGCGGACCGGGCAGAACGCCAGCUGCUGCUGCUCAGCAACAACCACGUCACUCACAGCAGGUUCGAAUACGGCGAGCCGUACUCGCCCUCCGAGGUUUACUCACCUGAACCCGGACGGGCCGGACGCAGCCUGGACGGCAGCACCGAUGACAUCAUCACCUACAAGAUGCAGGAAAGCCUCGGCAACAGGAGGAGCUACAGCGUCUCCAGUUCCUACAGACUGGGAGAGCCGACACACAACCAGUAUCAUUACAGCGGCCUGAGUGACCAGAUGCGGACUUUGUCUCUGGGCUCGGGGGGCUGGGACUGUGAGGGAGGACUGGUCCACUUCCACCCGUCUCACUGCGCUGCACACUGGACCGCACCGGACAGAGAGGGAUUCAGGCGGAGGGAGAGAGUCUGGGUCGGUGAGGAAGGAUGGGGAAGAACCUGGAGCAAAAGAAACAUUCGACACCACAGCACUGAGGAAGAGGAGGAGGAGGAAGAGGAGGAAGGCCUGUGGAGCAGCGGUGAGAUGAGGCGCCUCAUUCUGGCCAGGAAGUACACACCUGGAUCAGACACGCCCUCCUCCAUUGGCUCCACCCCCUCCCGUUGUCAUGCCAACAGGACGCCGGGGGCGGACACCCUGAGGAUGAGGGCGGGGCUUUUUUGCGUCUUCCCGUAUCUGGAUGUUCGCUCGCUGCUGCUGGCGGCUGAGGUGUGCUGUGAUUGGCGGUUUGUUGCUAGGCACCCGGCGGUCUGGACUCGCCUCCGACUGGAGAACGCUCGAGUGUCGGCCGAGUUCUUGCAGACUCUUUCUCAGUGGUGUACUCAAACUCAGAUUGUCAUCCUCAACAACCUGAAGCCGCGAAGCCGCCGGUCCGAUGAGACGCGAGAGGAUUACCACAAAAACACUCGGUCUGAAGGUGUGCUCUGCCUCAGAGGCAGCGUGGAGCCGGGCGUGGAGGCGCUGCUGCGGUCAGCAGGGGGCAGUCUGCUCCACCUCUCCGUCUCCCAGUGUCCCCACAUCCUCACCGACAGGACGCUGUGGAUGGCCAGCUGCUACUGCAGGAACCUGCAGACGCUCACAUACAGGAGCUCCUCAGAUCCGGUCGGUCAGGAGGUUCUGUGGGCUCUGGGCGCUGGCUGCAGGAACAUCUGCAGCCUGCAGGUCGCGCCGGCGCAUCCCAGCCAACAGCCGACUCGGUUCGGAAACCGGUGCUUGCAGACGAUUGGUCGAUGUUGGCCACACCUCCGUUGCCUCAGUGUGGGCGGAGCUGGCUGUAACACUCAGGGAUUGGUUACUGUUGUGCGCAGCUGCACUCACCUGCAGGUGCUGGAGUUGGAGCGCAUUCCCGACCUGAGCCUUCAGGUGGCGACAGAGCUCUGCAGAGCCGGACUGAAGAGUCUGCAGACGCUGAUCCUGACCCACACGCCGGUCAGCGGCCAGGCCAUCCUCCACUUCCACGGUGUGUGCAGCAACAUCAGGUCCAUCGUGGUGGACGUUUCUGUGUCCGACUACUUUGAGGAGCCAGAUACUCAGGAAGCAAAGCACCUGUUUGGAGAGAUUCUCAGUACCCUGAAGGUUCUUCAGACCCGACCCGGACUUUGUGACGCCCUUCAGGUCAAAGCUGAAGGAUUCUCCUGACCUCAGCAGCAGUUUCUGCUUCCAGGAUCCCAGCUGACAGUCCUUACCUCCACGUCUGCGUCUAACGAUGCAGAAAAGGGGAAAUUUAUCUCAUUUACAGCCAAAUCUCAUCAAAAUCUACUUCUUACUGUGUUUGAUAAAAGAAUAUAUUUAUA